CCCAGCAAAGGGCAAAAUGCACAUCGAGGUGCAGGUGGCGCUCAACUUCGUGAUAUCGUACCUCUAUAACAAGCUACCUCGCAGACGGGUGAACAUCUUCGGCGAGGAGCUCGAGAAGGCGCUCAAGGAUAAAUUCAAGGGUCACUGGUACCCGGAUAAACCGGUGAAGGGAUCGGCGUUCAGAUGUCUGAAGACCGGCGAUCCCGUGGACCCUGUGUUGGAGCGCGCGGCGAAAGAGAGCGGUGUCCCAAUUCAGGACAUCCUAGAGAACCUUCCGACUGAGCUGGCCGUUUGGGUGGAUCCUGGUGAGGUGAGCUACCGGAUCGGCGAGAUGAACGCGGUGAAAAUCCUCUAUUCCGAGACCGGAGACCCUCACGACGAGAGCUCGGCGGAUCGCGAGGUCACCAAGACCUUUAAUCCGGAGGCUCAAUGCUUCAGGCCAAUAGAGGCCGUGGGCACGUCGCUUGGAGGGCUGAGCCUCAGUCCAAAGUCCACGUCGCCGUUCCCAAGCUCGUUGGGCAGCAACACCAGCAACGGAUCCUCGAACAAUCAGCAAAGCGGUCACGGUUCCGGCUCCUCGUCAGCGCCAUCGCCGACGCCCAUCACCAGCUCGUUCAAGGGCUCGCCGAGCCCCGUUCCGGCUUUCAUCCCGCGCACCACAGCGCCGCUUACUUUCACCACCGCAACGUUCGCGCAAACCAAGUUCGGCAGCACCAAGCUGAAAACCAGCAGCAAACGAGCCAACAGAAUGUCCCCAACCGAGUUCUCGAACUACAUCAAGCAGCGUGCCAUGCAGCAACAGAUCCACCAUCACCAUCAUCAUCAGCAACAGCAACAGCAGCAACAACAGCAGCAACAGCAACAACAACAGGCGGCCACGGGUGGUUUGCCUGUGUCACCGAGCUCUCCGCGCAGCCGCAGCCUGUCACCGGGAAGCAUAGUCGCGGGUGGCGGUCAACAGCACACGGAUCCGAGCGCGUACUUCUUCCAGCACGGACCAGCCGCGUAUCAUCCUCAGUUCCCACAUCGCAGCAUCUUCGAGUCGUCUAGCCACGGUGGCUACCUGUCCGCCGAUCUCUACACAGGGGCAAACUUCCCAUCCUCUUAUCUCGAUCCGACGACGGUCGCCGGCCAUCAGUUCUACGGAAGCAGCGUGAACGGCACUAGCAGCGCGGCCGGCAGCACCGGGAACACGCAGAGCGCCGCCAACUUGGGCCCUUUUGGUUCCACCGCAACGACCAGCAACGUGAACGCAGCGUCCGCUCAGCAACAGGACAAGACCGCGUUGGCCGACGGUCUGAACAACUUCGGCCUCGGCUCCGUGGCGUCAUAUCCGGCCAGCCAGUACCAGCAUCUUCUCGUGGCCAACUAAUACCCCGCGCGUAUCGAAGCCGAGAGAGUCUCGCGGCUCAGAGUCGCGACUCGUCCUUGACGCUGCUGUUACUACCGCUUUGCCAGACAGGAGGGAGAGAAGAAUCAGAGAGACGAGAACGCUUUUUCCAGUCUCUCCAGCGUGUCGAGACGUCGUCCAGAGACUAGUUUCCGUAACCCAAACCACUCCCCCGACAUACCUGAUCCGCUUGCACCAUCCGAUCCGACGGCUUCUCGAGCCCAGUGGAGCCGACUCUCCCGCUGUUCACUCUAGUUCCCCGAUCUCCAGCCCAGACUCUGUCUCUCUCCAGAGGUAUCCACAAAAUCAACGCCACCAGUAGCACUAUACCCACAUCCCC